UAUUCACAGAGGGGGUUGCCCGACUCCUCUCCCAUCUCCUUCAUUCCAUAUCAAAGGUGGAUGCCAUGCCAUCGGAUAAUCUUCAUUUAUCAGCUGUUUGCGUUCACAUGACAAGCGCGCCGGGGGUGUUUUUAGGGUAGGAGAUCCCUCUUGGUGGCGACGUUACGGCAGAUGGAGAAAGCCCUCCAUCAGCUUCAUCAGCUACAGUCAGUCACAUCAGGAUUGAGUCAGUCAGUACCAUGGACCUUUAGGAGCAGGAAUGGCAACUUACAGCACCUCUCGCUCUGACUGGACUGAUUUGUAGCAUGCGUUCCCUACGUAAGACAGUGCUGUUAGCUCUGGUAGCAUCAGUGGUGCUGGUUUUGGCAGUGCUACACUCGUGGCCCACACGGGUCUACAGUACCGUGGAUGUUCGGUAUAGACCAGGUCCUGGAGCUGAGCGGCUGCUGGAGGAGAGACUUCCCGAACUGGACCCCAGCGCCAGCACCAUCCCGUACCGCGUCAGGGAGAGUGUGGCACGGCUUUUGGCUCGUAACAGCUGUGUUUGUGAAGGAGAGAGCAGAGGGGUCAACCUGCCCUUCGCUCAGCUGUUGUUCCCCAGAGUCUCUGCUCAUCCCCUGCACACUGCCUUCCAGGCCUCGCAGCUCGAUGAGAUGAAGAAACGCCGCGCCAAAGAGUACCAGAGCUUCCAAAUGAGGUCGCAGACCCCUGCUGAUCUGCUGAUUGUAGCUGAAGCCAACAACCCCCUGCAGUAUCCAACGCAGGGUGUGGAGGUUCGGCCACUUAAAACCAUCCUUAUACCAGGUUUGGCCUUAAAAGAGCUGCCCCGAGAAGUAUAUACUCUCAAUUUUUCAGCUUCUCUGGGCACGUUUAAUGUGGCAGCAGAGGUGGAGGGGGUGAAGGUCAGGGGUGACGGCGAGAUGCACAUGACUCUGAGCAGCAGUGUUUUGUCCAGUCUCAAUCGACAGCUCCAGUUCAUCACAUAUACUAACACACUGUUCCACCCCAGCACAGCGGACACAGUGCAGUUAGACACAGAAGGACAUCAGGCUCUUUUCACCAUCAAGAUCCGUCAUGGAGUCACACCCAAACUCUACAACACAGGCUCUGAUGCAGAUAAAGAGUAUAACAUCAGCGCUCUUGUAACCAUUGCAACCAAAACCUUCCUGCGCUAUGACAAGCUUCAGAAUUUAAUUGACAGCAUACGACAGUACUAUCCAACGGUUACAAUAGUGAUAGCGGAUGACAGUGAACACCCAAAAACUGUGUCAGGCCCAUAUAUUGAACACUAUAUCAUGCCCUUUGGAAAGGGCUGGUUUGCUGGGCGUAAUCUGGCCGUGUCACAGGUCACCACCAAAUAUGUGCUGUGGGUGGAUGAUGACUUUAUCUUCAGUGCAAACACAAAGCUGGAGAAGCUGGUGGACGUUCUGGAGAAAACUACUCUUGACCUGGUUGGAGGAGCAGUGCGUGAAGCUACAGGCUACACCGCCACCUACAGGCAGACUAUCUCCAUCGAAGCCGGUGAGGAGGACGGGGACUGUCUGCACAUGCGCAGAGGCUUCCAUCACAUCAUUCAGGGCUUUCCUCACUGCGUGGUCACUGACGGGGUCAUCAACUUCUUUCUCGCCAGGACAGAUAAAGUGCAGCAGGUUGGCUUUGACCCUCGGCUAGCCCGUGUUGCACAUCUGGAGUUUUUCAUCGAUGGGCUCGGCUCUCUGCAUGUUGGGUCGUGUGAUGAUGUCAUUGUGAACCACGCCACUAAGAUCAAGCUACCGUGGGGCCAAUCGGAAAGCGACAAAACGUACGCAAAGUUCCGUUACCCUCCGGCUUCAUCCGAUGCGACGCACACCAAAAAUGGCCUCUUGUACUUCAAAAACCGCUUUCAGUGUCUAACACACAACUGAACACAUCCUGACUAUGCCUUCUUAGCUUUCUCUCGUCCUCCCUCAAACAAACACUCUUUCCCCGAGUCACUAAAAGGGGUCUGUGAAGACACUGGAGGUGCAUCUACUGUACACGGUCCCAUUGGGGGAGCUUAAAUAGGCCUCUUCUUACAGAAAGAGUCCUAUUGUGAUGGGACAUGACUGACGGAUGAGACGCGCAGUGAUGGCUGAUUAGUUUUUUUGAUACCUGAAGAUGUCGUAUUUUUGUCUCUCCUUACUUUAGCUUUAUUUUGUUCAGAAGAAUUCUUUAGAUACAGAUCAAACCAUUCCGUAAAUGAUAUCUUUUUCUCCUCCGCUCAGCCAACCAUGUUUUUUUUUUCAGCGCAAAUUAAAGUGCCGGUUAAGCACAAAAAUGUAAACUCUGUCAUUAUUUACUCAACCAAACGCAUUUAUGAGCGAUUAAAGGGGUGGUCAACUGAGAAGUCAAAACCUGUUUAAUCUUUUGACAUGUAAGAGGUCACUGAGGUAUGAAAAUAUUCUGUAAGUUGGAGUCAAAACUCUCUGUUCUCAUUAGUCUAAAAAUAGCAUGCAUCGAAUCCAGGCUACCAAAAUAACCAACUGUGAAUGAGCCACUUCAUGAGGUAAUAGUGUGGUUAAACUCCGCCUUCACAGAAAAAGACCACUGCUUGCUUUUCACUGUCUGUUUAGCUCCGCCCACUGGUUUAAGCUGUUAUAGGACAAACAAAUGCCAAACAUUGUGGAAAAACAUCUCAACAUCAGGAAUUAUUGCAUAAACUUUAUUUAUAUUGAAGUUGUUGGCUGCUUUAGGUCAUUUUUAACUUCAUCAAACUUUUUAUAGUGGAUACUUUUACAAACAAAACACAAUUCAAUGGUGGCUUUUUAGAAAGAUCGAAACUAAAAUGAUGUCACUAUAUUGCAUUCGAAAUUAAUGUCGCACCACACAUUGAAUUGGCACUAGGGCUGCGCGAUAUUGAAAAUCUGACAUUGCAAUAUUUAGUUUUUCUUCGAUAUUUAUUGCAAUAUGAAUAUAAUUAUUUCACCAAAUGACUUGAAUAGCUCAGUUUGAAAAGAACUCAUAAUUUUAUAUUGAUUGGGAUGAUUUCAUAGGCCAGAUUUGUUUGUUUGAGUAUAAAUGUAUAAGUUAAAUGAUCAAAUGUAAGCGGAUAAAAGUAAAAUUGUUAUAAUUUCUUGUACACAAACUAUUUAAAUGCACUUGAAAUCAUAUAUAGUCCUUAAAAACAAAGCAAACAAGCACUAUUUCACUCUAUUAGGUUUAAACUUCACAAUCACUCAACAAUCUGGUUCUUGGUCAGCUAUAAUUACACUCAAAUUUCCAGAGGAAUGAAUAAACUGAAGCUGAACUUCGCAGAUCCUGCAAUGUGUCUAUUGUCGAAUGAUCACAUUGUGAUAUCGAUGCUGAAACUGUAUAUUGUGCAGCCCUAGUUGGCACACAUCUAUCCUUUUCACCUUUGGCACCUAAUCUUUAUUUAAUUUUUAAAUAUGCUAACUUUUAGUCAAUCAGGCUAUAAUCUGCCACACAUUUUCAAGCAUUGUGUGUACAUACUGUAUGAAGAGGUUGAAACAAGACAGAAACUAAACUAGCCUAUUACUAUUACUUUAGCCUAUAACUUUUUAAAUAUAAAAAUCAUUAUAAAAUAUGAUUGUUGAAGACCCCUUUUAGUAAUGACAGAAUUUUCAUUUUUGAGCCAACUAGUCCUUUAACCAAGGAGAACGUUUAUUUUUAAGGCUGAAAUGCAAAGAGAAGACUGUGGAGGUAAACAUGUUGAAUCUUGACUUUUAGAAUUUUUAAAUCUAGUUAAAGGGAGACACGCAUUCGCAUUGAAUGUCACAUCUGCUCCCUGCCUGGCAUUAAUUGUGUGUGUACAUGCGUAUUUGUGUGUUUCAUUUUGUUUUGAGGGUCGUCUCUCUGUACGUUUGCACUAAAACAAAUGGACUUCAAUUGGAGAGACCAGACCCUCAGAGUCACUGAAAAAAGGGAACAGACUGGACAUCAAACCACAGACAAUCCAACAUAUCACUGUCAUCGCCAUAUGUUCUCCCUCUCACAUACACACUCCUACAGAUUUCUCAGCGAGAGACGGAGGGGUGAUUCGGGAUAUAUCAGUAAGAACUUUUGAGUUUUUCAGUUGUAAAGAAUGACUGUGCCAAAGGCUUAAUCACUGUCCUGGUGAAACUUAUUUAUUUUUUUGUAUGUUUUUAUUAGUCUUGAUUGCUGGGGUCUUUUUAAGAUUGUGUCUCAUUGUACUGCAAUGCAUGCCUGAGUUCAAUGGCAGAGCGAUGUGAUGCUAGUUUUUAUUUAUUAGUUAGCAGUCAUUAACAUGAGCAUAUAUUCCAAAGGCACUUAAUAUAAAGACAUUUCUUUUGUUUGUUUGAGUUAGUUUUGAGUGAAUCCAGUCAGAAGCUUUUGCUCUACAGAAUGGCUAAGACUAAGCUUACUAAAAACCAAAAAGUUGGUAGAAUCUCACAUAUGUGAAAAUAAAAAAGCUAGUAUCAAAAUUUGGACACAUGCUAAUUGUUUAAUAUUGUUUUUCACAUUUUAUGGUCAAUUUAGUGCAAAAGAAAUAUUGAAAAUAAUCAAAAUCACAAUUUGCCAAACCUGGUCCCUUAAUUUAUUUAAAUUUACUUAAUUUUUGCAAUAUAAAAGGUUAUAUUUUGGUUUUGGGGGUCUCCAACAACAGGCUGAUGUGCAUGCAAGGUCAAAAAACUCUUUCAUUGUCUUAUAAUUUAUUUAUUUAUUUUUACCUAAUCAUUCCAACGACUGUCAUAUGAUUUGUUCAGCAAUUCAUUUGUUCCCAAACUCCUCUUUUGCAUGGGGCUAAUCUUGGGUGAUUGGUCCAAUGACCCAGUCUGUUGUAAUUGGUCAACUGGGUUCAGCACGAGACAGAGAGAAAUGAAAUGCCCACCACGGCUAUAAAGUAGCAGAGAGAUAUGUGAAAGCACAAUGCAGGAAUGUAAUAAAACAAUGCAGUUAAACACCAGCAUAUUACUCUACUCUUAAACCUAAACCCAAGUAACAACAACACACAUUCAGUAUUAAUCCACACAGUGGCAAAAGUUGAACUGCUUUGAAAACUAACAGCGCCGCGCGUGUGUAGGAACAGCUGAUGGUGGCCUUAGCAAAGACAUACGGUAGAGGAUCGCGAGUUCAGAAACGUAUUUAAAUCAUUAAAGGAAGAAGUGAAUAUGUGAAUAUUCCAUAAAGAUUUAACCUGAGAGAUGCAGUACAAGCACUGAUCUAUAACAGAUUAGUGAUUACAAGCCGCACGGAGCGAUUACAAGUUACAACACACAUUUAAAUACAUAUUUAGCAAACUACACAAAACGAAGCAACAAUUUUGAUUACACUUACAUGAUCUGGAGAAAGAAGAAACUGGUCCAUAUGAACUGUAACAGUUACUGACAAAAUCCCAUACAUAAUAGCCUCUGCUUCUCCUUCCUUUAAUAGCAAACAGCUGUUGAAUCCUGUGUUGCAGCGUAGGUUAUUGUAUCAAUCAUCAGAAACAUGUCAGGAUCAAACACAGCACUAGGUUGGCUAUACUGUGGUACUGUUGUGAAAAUGACCUCUAAACAUUUAUUCCAUGCAGCCGAAUCUCUAUCAGUCAGUGAUCGUCAUCUUCACGUCAUGAUCAGUCCUGUGAUCCCCCACGCUCCGCUUGUGUCUGAAGGGAAAUGCGCGUUCACAUUUUAUCGGAACCAGCACUUCAUAUUUGGUGAUGUACUGUAUCAACAAAAGCUUUCAAGCAAAAGAUCCGAACUCAACAUGAUUCAUUUAUUAGACUAUUUUGUUUAAGAAUCAAUAGUUUUAAACACAGUGCGCUUUCAAAUUUAAACCUCAGCUGUAUGUUUUCAUUCACUUAGUGCUGUGUUACACACUGCAUGGAAGCUCAUUUUCAAAAACCCGUAAUAGGGGCUUUUUAAUGUACUUUACUUUUUAAAACAGAUUUUUUUUUUUCAAGUGUUUUGUAAAUGGGUCAAAGACAAAAGGUUUUUUAAGCAUGAAAA